UUUCGUUCCAAUGCAAGGGCAAGGUGAGCUGCUGUUUUUAGAUUAAACUAAGUUUUGGAUCGGUCGAAAAUGAUUCCGACGAAACUAAAGAAUCGUCUAAUACAAUGGUUGGAAGAUCAUCGCGAGUUUGUAGUGUGUGCGUUCUGUCUGCCCGCCAGCUUUUUGUUCGCCUUGUUUCUACGUCUCAGAGCGUACGUGCGGAAACUUAACAGCGAUCCGGAGAGACAUGACAGCGCCGUGAGGAAGAUUCAAUCAGCAGUCCAAAAAUGGAACAAAAUUCCAACAAAAAAUCGCCGACUCUUAUGCACAUCUCGACCCAACUGGCUGUCGCUUUCUACCACUUUCUUCCAAAAGCACUUACACCAUAAAGUUGCCAUACCGCUCUAUGAUAUUUUAGAACUUGAUGAGAAAGCGAUGACGGUCAGAGUUGAACCCAUGGUGACGAUAGGAGACAUCACCGAGUACUUGAUACCAAGAGGGUACUCGCUGGCUGUUACUAUUGAACUAACUGAUGCCACUUUGGGAGGUCUCGCUUUCGGAACGGGCAUGUCAACCCACUCUCACAAAGCAGGUCUCUACCACGAAACGAUAACAAGCUACGAGGUAGUUCUAGGCGACGGGUCCUUAGUAACCGCAACAGCGGAAAACGAACACUCAGACCUCUAUAGAGCCCUGCCCUGGUCGCACGGUAGUUUGGGCUUCCUCGUCGCUUUGACUUUGAAAAUUGUCAAAAUUAAACCUUACAUCAAAAUAAAUUACAUCCCAGUCGAGGACCAAAAGAAAUAUUGUGACAUGUUACGAGAUCUGUCGGGAGCCAAUGAGGCUACUCCGAGCUACCACCCCGACUAUAUAGAGGGUACCAUAUUCAGCAAAGACAAGGCAGUUAUCAUGACAGGAGAUUAUUCUGAUUACGAUAGAAAUAUCACAGUAAACCAUUGUUCGAGAUGGUAUAAGCCAUGGUUUUACAAACAUGUCGAAUCUUUCCUCGAAAAGGGCGAAGGCGUUGAACUUAUCCCAUUGAGGGACUAUCUGCUACGCCAUAACAGACCUAUUUUUUGGGUCGUUGAAGAUAUGAUAUCUUUCGGAAAUAAUCCACUGUUCCGAUUCUUUUUCGGGUGGUUAUUACCUCCUAAGCCCGCUUUCUUAAAAUUCACCACAACGCCAGGCGUUCGAGCUUACACUUUCACGAAGCAAGUGUUCCAAGACAUCGUACUACCGAUACAGGAAUUGGAAAAGCAAAUCGCCAUCGCUAGCAAACUGUUCGAGAAGUUUCCAUUACUGGUAUAUCCGUGUAAAAUCAUCGAUCACGGUUCAUUGUCCGGUCAGUUAGGGCGGCCCCAGAACAAAUACUUGGUACCGAAGACAAAUUACGCAAUGUACAACGAUUUGGGCGUUUACGGCGUCCCGGGAAAAGUUAAGGACAAGAAACCCUAUAACCCUGUGAAUGCAAUGCGGGAUAUGGAAAAGUUUACUCGCGAUGUUGGAGGUUACUCGUUUUUGUACGCGGACAUAUUUAUGACGAGAAAUGAAUUUGAAGAUAUGUUCGAUUUAACGCUUUACGAGUUCGUCAGGAAGAAGUAUAAUGCGGAAGGCGCGUUCCCACACCUUUAUGAUAAGGUUAAGCCCGAAAUCGACGUAUUUUCGGUCGGCGAAGAGAACGCUAUAAAGAGCUAACAUUUUAAAGUAUUAUUUAUUUUAAAUAAAAAUUUACAUUUUA